GACUUGCAAGUACAAGACAAGUUUAUUUAACACUGAUUAUUCUUGCUUAAAGAAUGGGCUAAAUAUUUGUUCUCUGCUGACAUGCACUUUCGAAAAAUUUGAAGAAAAUAAGGAUGCUUGCCUUGAGGUGGUUAAUGCUUCUGGUUUACGCCAGUUUGGUGGGUUGCGAAAAGCACAUAAUUCUAUUAGCCGGACAGAGCAACAUGUCAGGCCGCGGAGGCGUUGUUAAUGACACAUGGGACGGUAUCGUGCCUGACGAGUCGCGGCCUAGUCGAUCAGUACUUCGGCUCUCUGCAGGGCUGGUUUGGGAAAAGGCUCAGGAGCCGCUUCAUCGUGAUAUUGAUGUUACUAAGGUUUGUGGGAUUGGACCGGGAUUGGCUUUUGCCAAGUCCUUGAUGCACAAGGACUCGGGUGUUGGUCAGGUGGCGCUGGUGCCCUGUGCUAUUGGUGGCACGAAUAUUAGCCAGUGGGCCCGGGGUUCCCCGCUCUACAACCAGCUCGUCCGGAGGGCGGUGGCUGCAGUUCAAGGCGGGGGCACCAUCCGGGCAAUGUUGUGGUAUCAAGGGGAGAGCGACACCGUGACAUUAGCUGAUGCAGAGUUGUACAAGGGGAGGUUUGAAAAUUUUGUAAUUAACCUGCGCCAGGAUCUUGUGUUCCCUCUGCUACCGGUGAUUCAAGUUGCGUUGGCAUCAGGAUCGGGGCCAUUUAUCGCGAAAGUAAGAGAAGCACAGCUAGGAACCGAGCUGCCGAAUGUAUGGUGUGUUGAUGCAAAGGGUCUGCAGCUGCAACCGGAUGGACUGCAUCUGAGUACUCCGGCUCAGAUUCAACUCGGAAAAAUGCUGGCUCAUGCUUACUUGCAAACCAUUCCUAGCCCGAUUCAUAGUGGUGCUGCUAGAAGGGUUCCAAAAUUUGAUUGCUUAAGCUUAUUUCAUAGGAUAGCAGGUCGAUAGUUCAUUUGGUUUAUGCAUAAGGUUAGAAGAAUAGCCAUAUCUUUUGUUUUACUGUGUAGUCUUAAUCAAAGACCAAAAUGUGCAAUACUUUAAUAUU